CAAAAACGUAUAAACCGUUGAAAAAUUAAGCAAAAGAAAACCUGGGACUCCUGGACUAGUUUCUACUUCCCUCUGUUGCCGCCUAAAUCUCUCUCUCUCUCUCGGGGAUUCAAUGGAGGUUGACAAGCAAUCUUCAACUUUUGGAGCUGUGAAAUCAGAUGAUAACUGCUCACUUGAUCUCGAGCUUCCAGAAAGUGACUCUCUUUUUGACAGAAAGAAGAUUUUGUUACAAAAGAAGGGAUUUAAUACCAAGGAAGAAAUACAUCUAAAAAGCUCAUCAGAUCCUGAUUUGAUUAUGACUUCAUUGAAAAUUAUGCUUCAAAUAGCACGGAUCAUAAACUUUGAUGAGGUAGAGCUUUAUUUUUGGGAAGAUGACACAAGCUCAACAGUUGACUUAUACAGUCCCAGAAAUGAGGUAGUAGCUUUGAAUUCAAUCCUUCGGCUUGUUGAGAAUUCACUUGAUGGUCAGACACAAAUACAAAAGAAUAUCCUGCAAGAAUUACGCAAUGCUGUUGUUGAUAUGAUUGGUAACUGUUCGGAUGCGAAUAGUAUCAAGUCUGUGAUUGUAGAAGACCACAGCUGUGACAAAGAAAAAUGCUUGGUACAAUGGGGUGAAGACAAUGGCAUGAGAUCAAGGUUACGGAUUGCCUAUGUGGAAGGAGCGGGAAGGGGAGCCAUAGCAAGAGAAGAUCUGAAAGCUGGAGAUACUGCUUUGGAGAUCCCUACCUCUUUAAUCAUUUCCGAGGAGCUAAUGAAGAAAUCUGACAUGUAUCAAAUAUUAGAAAAGAGGAAUGAAAUGUCCUCUGAGACAAUGCUGUUGCUGUGGAGCAUGAAGGAGAAGUACAAUAAUAAUUCAAGAUUUAAGAACUACUUCGACACGCUGCCAGAAGAAUUUCAUACAGGAUUGAGUUUUGGUGUUGAAGCAUUCAUGGUUUUGGGUGACACUGUGCUGAUGGAGGAGAUAAUACAAGCAAAAGAGCACUUGCAGGUGCAGUAUAAUCAGCUGGUCCCACCUCUAUGCAAUGAGCAUCCUGAUAUAUUUCCUCCAGAGCUGUAUACAUGGGAGCAAUUCUUAUGGGCGUGUGAACUCUGGUACUCGAAUAGCAUGAAGAUAAUGUUUCCUGACAGAGAGCUAAGGACAUGUUUAGUUCCUGUUGCUGGCUUUUUGAAUCAUUCGCUAUCCCCACAUGUAAUAUCAUAUGGCAAAGUGGACUCAACAACGGACACCUUGAAAUUCUGUCUAUCAAGGCCAUGUCGUGCAGGAGAGGAAUGCUUCCUUAGCUAUGGAAACUUCUCUUCUUCUCAUCUGAUUACCUUCUAUGGCUUUGUGCCAAAAGGAGAUAACCCAUAUGACAUCAUCCCAUUAGAACUCGAAGGUGAUGAGGGUGAUUUCGAUGAGAACAGCCACAUAUCAAGUGUGACCACUCACAUGGCAAGGGGUACAUGGUUCUCAAAAAACCACGAUAUUUUCCAUUAUGGGUUGCCCUCUCCAUUGCUGGACUACUUCAGGAGAGCUCAGAAUCCAAUGCCAUUCUCCAAAACCCUUGUGCAAGAAAACUUGGAGAAUGAAAUAGAAAUUCUCGAACAACUCCACCUUAACUUUCUUGACAUGAUGGAGAAACUCGGCGAAGCAGAACUUGAUGACAGAGAAAACACUCGCUGGGAUGUGAAGCUGGCGAUAGAGUCCAAAGAUAUUCAAAGGCGAAUCGUCUCUUCAAUCUUAACUUCAUGUAGUUCGGGUAUCGAUUUACUUAAAGACAAUUUGUGCAGAUGCAUGGCUGCCCAGGACACUAGUGGUUAGGCAAGUGUCUCUGAACAAUGAUGUUUCAAGACAUGAAAUCAGUUCUUUUUGGUAUGAAGGGCAUUAGGCCAUUGGGGGGUCAAUGAGAUUUGUCAUUGUCAAACAACUUGUAGAAGUAUUAUUUGCCCCCACCUUGGUCAAGUGAUGCAUAAGCAUAGAAUAGUAUUUCUUUGAUGCUAGAAUCGAUCUAUUUAUUAUUCUUGUAUCAAUGGUGUAUAUUUUCUGACCACAAUAAGAUUUUUUUUUUUUUUUUAUAAAAAAACAAUUCAUAUGAAAAAGGUGUUUGUGGGUUGGUUCUAGAGAAGGCAUGCACAUUGCUUUAUUUUAUUUUAUUUUAUUUAAUGAGUGGUCAAGGUGUAAAAUCAACUUUAUUUGUUGUGGGGUGGGGGAGAAAAAAGCUUUUUGUUUGUGAUAAAGAUAAGGAUGAUUAAGUAUGACUUAUAUUAGCCA